AUGCUGACCAUAGGUGUUCUCCUGCUCUGUCUCGGUACAGUGAUUGCUCAGUUUCCCAGAGAAUGUACAACAUCUGAGGCUCUUCAAAAUAAAAAUUGUUGUCCCUUAUUCAAAGGAAGCCCUUGUGGAGCUACCUUCGGUAGGGGUACAUGUCAAAUUGUACCGCAAAGUAGAGCAAAACCCACUGAUCGUGUGACGGUUGAUGAUCGAAUGGACUGGCCAAUCUUCUUCUACAACACCACCUGCCGAUGCUAUGGCAACUAUGACGGGGCCAACUGUGGGCAUUGCAGAAGCAGUUGGAAUGGAUCAGACUGUUCCACUAGACUUAAUAUACAGAGGAGGGAGUUCCGUCAGUACACAGAAGUGGAGAGAACUGAAUUUAUUGCCAAAUUAAAUUACUGCAAAGCGCUGCCCUGCACAGAAUAUGUAAUUCUGACUUCAGGAGACCGACGUUACAAAGAUACCUUUAAAUUCAGGGAUGCCUCGUACUAUGAUAUCUUUGUCCAUGCACAUUACUAUGCUAGCAAACCUAUAAUGGGUGUCAAUGUUGACUACAAUUUUGCUUAUGGUUCCUCUGGCUUUUUGACCUGGCGUCGUAGGGCCCUUCAUUUCUUUGAGCACCUGAUGCGGAUCUGUACUGGUGAUGACAUGUUUGUGAGUCCAUAUGGUGACUGGCGAAGCGACAGCGGCUGUUUCUUCUGCAACGAUGAAAACAUGGGUGACAGUGACUCACAGGGAGUACUGAGCCAAUUCUCAGUAUUUUCAUCUUGGGGGGUAAGCAUAGAAUAUUUUUAA